AUGAAAUGUCGGCAUUUAUUCCACGAAGAUGUUGGUGCUUCAUACCAGGUGAUCUUGGCUAUUGUUAUCGACGACAUACUUUGGAUUGCGGAUUGCGGGGCUGCAAUGUCAGGCGUUGCUGGGUUUGGUAUGGCCUCUGAGCUCGCUGCAACCUUAGCGUCUCAGGCACUUCAGGAAAACGGACUCCCUCCUGGGCUAUUGCCACUUCAAGAGGUUGUGCAGAGCACGAACACGAGGACUGGACCCUUUCAAGUGAAACUUAGUCACAGCGUGGAAAGAAAGAUUCACGGAAAUCUUGUCCGCUAUUCUUCUGAAGUCCGUGGAACCAUAUGUCGCGGAAAAAUCACAAAUCUAAAGGGAGUUCACGUCAGAAGGUUGAUGUUGUGGCUGUCUGUUGACUCCAUUGAAAGCAAAGAAGCCAACUCUUCAGAUAUUCACUUCCGUGUGGGUCCAGUAUCAGAAGGAAUUCCUCGCUCAGCCUUUUGA